AUGUCUUCAACUCGAUUCUUGCCCAAGUCCCUGAAGUCCACCGCCGCCGUUGCCUCCGGCUUCGCGAUCCUCGGUAUCGGGAUCUACAGCGUGCGAUCGGCCUUCCCGACAGCCCAGGCCGAAUCUACAGAGCCACCAGUGAUCUUCUCGGGAUUCAGCCCCACCACGUUGCACCUGCAGAGCGUCAAGACCGUGAACCACGAUACGAAGCGUCUGGUGUUCGAAUUCCCGGACAAGAAUGCCAGGAGCGGACUAUCUCUUACCUCGGCGCUUCUCACCAUUUCUCGUCCCCAGGGUAGAUGGCUUCCUGUCCUGAGACCAUACACCCCUAUCAGCGAUCUAGACGAAAAAGGCCAUCUCGAACUCCUCGUCAAAAAGUACCCCCAUGGCAAAGCAAGCACACACCUCCACUCCCUCGUACCAGGAGACACCCUCACAUUCGCAGCUCCGCCUCCACUAAAGGGCUUUCCUUGGAAAGCGAACCAGUUCUCCCAAGUAUAUCUAAUCGCGGGCGGAGCGGGAAUUACGCCGCUCUACCAGCUCCUGAAGGGGAUAUUGAAGAACCCGCACGACAAGACGAAAGUGGACUUGGUUUUCGGGGUCAAUACAGAACAGGACCUAUUGCUCAAGGAAGAAUUGGAGGAAUAUAAGAGGCGGUUCCCGGGGAGGUUUGAUUACGUGUAUACGGUUACUAACGGGGAAGAGGAUUCGGGGCUGAGGAAGGGCUGUGUGACGGAGGAGUUGUUGCGCGAGGUGAUGAAGGAAGGACGGGGGAGGGAUAUGAAGGUGUUUGUUUGUGGGCCGCCGGGGAUGGAGGAGGCGUUGGUGGGGUUGAGGGGAUCCGGGGAGGGCAUUUUGGGGAAGUUGGGGUUCGAGAAUGAUCAGGUAUAUAAGUUCUAA